AUGUCAAACACAAACUAUGACAUGGAAGCAUCUGGCACAGGCCUGGACAUGGUAGACGACGCGCACCCGGGUGCAAUGUCAUGGGCUUCACUUCUUGCGUCUGAACCUUAUGAGCUUCUGUUUGACACACCACAACCAGCUGGUGAUGAUCUGGACUACUGCAACUCCGAGUUACCGGAUUCCCUCACAUUCACCGACCCAGAGCUAAUAACGCACGUGCCAGGCGAGACCACAACUCACCAUAACAACAGUCACGGAGCGCCAGUACCUCAGAUAGCUCAGUUUGAUCCUCGAGCACUACUCAACCCCAAGUCAGCAAAUCCAAAGCGUCCAGCAUCCUCUGGUGGAGACACUGAUCGCGGCCGCAUCGAGCCCAGCAACAUCGGCCAGGUCGCACUUGUCGAGCGUUUGCACAACAUCCAAGAGCGCACAGCAUCGCCUGCAAAGCGGUUCAAAACCGGAGAAGUACAGGCCAACACUCCACAUCGAACGAACUUUAGCAGUGGAAGCGCCCUUGAUUUUCGGUACCAACAGAACUCUCCCGUAGUAUCUUCACCGCAGCAAAAGCCGUCCAUUGAUUUGACCAUGAGCGACGACGAGGACGAAGUUCAGAUAAUUCAAGAUAACAGUAAUGACGAAGUCUGCAUUGGCAAGCUCAAGCACACUUAUAUCCAAGCACAUCUCGUUCCUUUCCCGGAUCCCAAAAAGUUUGUCGGAAACCACGGCGGUCAGAGCCGAAUCAAAGUCGCUUUUCGUAGGGCUGGCAACAAGGGCAAUCAAAUCAUUAUGGUCCUUGAUGGCAUGGGCAAAGAGUUUGGUAGGGUCGACAUGAAGACGGCACAGGGACUUACUCCUCUCAUUGAUAGCGCGCAUAUAAGCGGUCUCAAGUGGAUGGCCUGGACAGAGCCGCGUCGCAAGCUUCCAAACGAAGGGCCACCAGGCAGCAGUACUUCAGCUCUUAUUACAAUGACUCUGCAGCUUUACUGCCCCCGCAAAAAUGCAGAUAAUAUCGGCAAAUUUCUCAAGGGCAAGAACCUCAUCCUCGAGCGUCCCGUUUUCGAGCUCGCGCGUCAUGAUUACUACAAUCCGCAAACAAAAGAAGGAUUCCAGAAGAGUCAAGCUUCACAGCCUGGUUUCGAAGCGCCUGCACCAUAUGCAGCCAUGAAUAACUACGUGGUCCGUAGCGUCGAUGAGAUUCGCCAGGAAGUGGACGAUGUCUUUGACACGGUCGUCUCCAGCUCCGAAGCGGUACCGAUGCGGAACCCGUCACCACUCAUCAAGACUGAGUUGUACCCACAUCAAAAACAAGCGCUUUACUUCAUGAUCGAUCACGAAAAGGAUCAUUCUUCCGAAGAAUUUGAUCAACGUAGGGAUCCGAUGUGGACGACCAAGACUCGCGAUAACGGCCGGAUAUCAUACGUACAUAUCAUCACUGGCGAAGAGAGAGCCCAGAAGCCAGCCCCAAGCCUGGGAGGUAUACUAGCCGAUGAGAUGGGACUUGGAAAAACGCUCAGUAUCCUUUCUCUUAUCUGCGAUGAGGCCUCCAUCACUGCCGCUCAAACAUUCAACCAAAAGAAACCGCCUCCCCGCCCCCUUCCCGCCAUGAUACAGCCUAUCAUCAAUACUCGAGCGACGCUUCUUGUAUGCCCCCUCAGUACGAUGACUAAUUGGAAAGAGCAGAUUAAGGAGCAUUUCCCCGAGGGCAACGGUGCAUUGAAGUGGACGCGAUACCAUGGAGCCGAGAGAUUUUCCAUGACUCCUGAGAAGCUAGCAGACUACGACAUCGUCCUGACUACGUACCAUAUCAUCGCCAAGGAUAUCAUGGACAAGAAGCGUGCGCUUCCUUAUCUCAACUGGUUCCGCAUUGUCCUUGAUGAAGCUCAUACGAUUCGUAACCCAACUAACCAGUCAAAGGCCGCUUGUAAUAUGAUGGGCCAGCGGCGAUGGGCUGUUACGGGUACACCAGUUCAGAACCGACUUGAGGAUCUUGGCGCACUCUUCAACUUCAUCAAACUGAGACCAUUCGAUACCACCGCAGGCUUCAACACGCAUAUACUGAACCCCUUCAAGAGUGCGGAUCCCAAUGUGGUAAAGCGACUGCAGCUCCUCGUUAGCACCGUGACCAUUCGCCGCACAAAGGAGAUCAUCAAGGAAGAGGUGCCAAGGAAGCUCGAUUAUGUCGUCAGGCUGCAGUUUUCUAGGGAAGAGAAGCAGUUGCACGAUUGGUUUGAGAAGGAUACGCAGCGCAAGGUUCUUGCUGUUACCCAGGGCGACAAGAUGGGUGGAAAGUCUUAUGCGCGCAUUCUCACGGCUAUUCUCAACCUUCGCCUCAUCUGUGCACAUGGACGCGAUUUGCUGAGUGAAGAGGCCUUGAAGACUACAGAUGGCAUGACGUACGAUCAGCCCAUGGAGAUUGAAGAUGACGGUCAGGAAACGCCCCAGCUCACGCGCCAACAAGCAUACGAGAUGCUCAACCUUCUCGAAUCUACAAACGCAGCCGACUGCCACUACUGCCCAGGCAAGAAAUCGAUACUAGACGCUGACCCCGACGACGAAGACGAAGAAGGAAACGUCCAAGAUGUCAUCGGUUACAUGACCACCUGCUACCACCUUGUCUGCCCCCGCCAUCUUAAGAAGUUACGGGAUCAGUGGAAAAGUCUUGUCCAACCCGACGGCUCUGUCCGCUGCCACAUCUGCGACGACGUUAACCGGCCCGCUGCCCUGGAACUCAAACGCGCGGAUUUCUACUCCUACCUUGAAGAGCAAGACCGUAUCCGCAAAGACCCCAAGUUAGCCAAGAAAAUAGGCAGUUACACCGGCCCCCACACAAAGACCCAAGCCCUUCUCAACGACUUGGAUGAGUUCCGUCGCUGGAGCGAUGAGCAUCCCGACGAACGUCCUAUCAAGAGCAUCGUCUUUUCCUCCUGGACCACUCAUCUUGACCUCAUCGAAAUCGCCCUCAAAACCGCCGGCCACGCCCUCGUCCGCCUCGACGGCCGCAUGACCCGCGACGCCCGCGACAAAUCCAUGCACCUCCUGCGCACCUCCCCCGACAUCCGCGUCAUGCUCGUCUCCAUCGGCGCCGGUGGCCUCGGCCUCAAUCUCACCACUGCCAACAAAGUCUUCAUGAUGGAACCGCAAUUUAACCCCGCCGCCGAAGCGCAAGCCGUCGACCGUGUGCACCGCUUAGGCCAGGACAGGGAGGUCACCAUUAAGAGGUUUAUUAUGCAGGAUAGCUUUGAGGAGAAGAUGCUUGUGCUGCAGGACAAGAAGAAGGCACUUGCAGAUUUGACGAUGGCGAGGGAGAGGCGGAGUAAGGAGGAGGCGACCAAGGCGCGGUUGGAGGAGUUGAGGAGUUUGUUUAGGUAG